UGGAGGAGUGGGCUUCCAGCUGCAGUGAUGUACCCGUGGCAACAGAGACACCCCCAAUAAAGACUCCGUGCUGUUUGUCCUGCCAUACCAGCUGGUGAAUUUCACCACAGAUUUCACCUCGGACCUCGAGAGUAUUUCAGAGAUAGCAGUUGUUGGCCCCCCUGAACUCUUCAGGGUAGGUUACAAAUCCGUUGGCUCUGUGGCAACCAUGAACGUGGGCUGGGUCCGCUCUGAAAACAACCUGGCCCGACUCUUGCCCAUCUGCUUUGCUGUGAAUACCAAGAGUUUUCAAUCUGAGCCAAGAUGCGUGUGGCUGUACCAAAGAGAGAUGAAGACACUACCUGCUGGAACAGAGUUGACGUGUCAGGAGACAGAGAUGACUUUGGUGCUCCCUCUCAAAUCCCUGAGUGAAAUCAACCCAGAGGAGCUACAGCUCAACAGCCCCACCUGUCCCGUCAGCUACAACACCACACACCUGACUGCACGCAUCCCUUUGUCUGGCUGUGGCACCAAGACUGUGCAUGCUGGUUCAGAUCUGGUUUACACAAACACCUUGCAAAGUGUGCGUCCUUACACUAUGGUCAGCCGCAAACCCUCCCUCAUCUUCCCGCUAGCAUGCCGGAUUCCUAAAAAAGUGAAUGCUACGGGGCCACAUUACAAUAUGGACAUGCCAACAGAAAAGGAGGUUUUCGGUGAGAUCGGGGUUUGGAUAGAAAUGCAUUUUCCAGGAGAGGGAUCCCUGUCAAGAUUUACAAGAAUCCCCAGGUUCCGCACCCUUAAUAUGAUGUCGAGACGUCUGCGUCGAGAAGCAGAAUCCCAAUCAGAGAGAAACAGCACCAGCUCCACUGAUAACAGCACCUCCACCAGCUCCACUGAUAACAGCACCUCCACCAGCUCCACUGAUAACAGCACCUCCACCAGCUCCACUGAUAACAGCACCUCCACCAACUCUACUAAUAACAGCACCUCUACCGAUAACAGCUCAUCCACCAGCACUUCUAGCACUGGAUCCAUAGGUUCCAGGAUCAACAUGUUGGACCUCUAUGUGCUGUCCAAUUGCAGCAUUAGUCGAGCCGAGAUGUUAGUGAGCAAUUGUAUUGAAUCUGCGACAGAGGACUUUGCAAUAUCACACCCCAUUCUGGAGCAAGGGUGUACAUCUUCCAGCAGCACAUUAGAGAUUAUCACAACUCAAACCAAUUCCAGGAUUUACCGCCUUGAUAUGAGCACAAUUGAAACUCAAGGAUCAACGAUGUAUAUCCAGUGCACACUGAAUCUGUGCAUUUCCACCAUGCCCUCUGAAAAAUGUCCUGAUCUUUGUACUCGCUCCUUUAAUAGCAGAUCGGUAGUUAGCAGUUUGUAUACCAAAAGCUACACCGUUAAAUCAUCCCCCAUUAGCCUUGUGGUCACGACUGCUGCACCAACCACCACAACCAUCAAAAGUCCUACCACUACUAAAACUAUUGCACAAACUACUACCACUACGACCACUACAACGACCACUACCACCGCCACUACUACGACCACUACGGCAGCUGUUACCACAGCUUCUACGAACACUACAUGCUCAAAUGCUCCAGAACAGGCCUCAGCCUUGGUAGCAGGAGUAAUUUUAACAACUAUGAGCAUAUUCCUUCAAAAUAUCUGCCUUUACUGAACAUGCUGCUGGGUGAUAAUCUGUCAUAAUAUGAAUUAUAAAGAACAACACAUGUUUUAUGUACUGUACACCAGUCUACGUUUAUCCUUAUGCACCUUUUCAGAGUUGUUAUUGGCUACUGCUGCUCACAGAUCACAAAAAUUGAGAAUAAAAAUGUAGAUGGGUUAGAAAAACAUUUAUGAAAACUCAAAAGUAAUUUUACACUUAGACCCUCUGGGAUUAAGAUAUAAAUUGUGCAUUUUGUCUUACUCCUAAAAAACGUUUGAGACUGCCAAUUUGUGCAUACGGGUGUGUGAUGUGCGUCCCUAUUUAACUUUAAAAGGAAAUUAAUUGUUGGUUCUGCAUUAAACUGAGAUUCAUAUUUUAUGUUUUUAGGCCUAUAUUAGGAUAUUAGCUGCGACAAGCAGCUAGCUCGCUCUGUUUUUUUUUGAUGACUGACAAAAAAAAUCCCCUAGGUUGCUGAAAUGUGGUAUGGAGAAAGCUUUACAAUGACACAAAAUCUCAGUUUCAGUGGAAAACACUGAUUACGGGACUGGUGCUGAAACUCUAUGACAAACUGUAAUUAUUCAACAGAGAAAUGUGCUUAUUCUACUGUUUGUGUUAAAAUUAUAACCAAAUGAUUAAUAAGAAUUGUGAUAAUUACUUUAAUAAUUAUAUCAUGUUAAUAACACACAUAUAUUUAGAUUGUAUUAAUAAACCAGCGCCUCUUACA